UCUGGAGAUAGAAGAGAAAUUCCCUGAGAAAAAGAAAAGUAGAAAGUUUCCGAUUGGUAGAGAACUUUCUGCUAAUAGCUUUUGUUCCAGUCCAUCUGUGGCUUGUUAAAGGUGUCUGGAACUGGAUUACGGUUUCUUCUGAUUGAACGCAGCCUUUGAAUGCUGCCUGGCCUAUCACGAAUACAUCCCUGUCUUGGACAAGACGCAGCUGAAUCUAAGAGAUGCUACUGCCACUACCACCCCAGAGCUCCAAACCUGUGCCUAAGAAAUCUCAGUCCAGCAAAAUUGUGCCCAGUCAUCAUGACCCAUCUGAAAAGACAGGGGAGAAUUGCCAAACGAAGAUAUCUCCAUCUUCACUUCAGGAGUCUCCAUCUUCACUUCAGGGAGCACUCAAAAAGAGAUCAGCUUUUGAAGAUCUCACUAAUGCUUCUCAAUGUCAACCUGUCCAGCCCAAGAAAGAAGCCAAUAAAGAGUUUGUAAAAGAUGUUUCCAAGAAGAUAAACAGGAACACGUGUGCUCUUGGACUGGCCAAAAAGAAUAAGCGGAAUCUAAAAUCGCAUAAGCUGGAAGUCACACCAGUAGUAGCCUCUACUACCGUGGUACCAAACAUUAUGGAGAAACCACUCAUUCUAGACAUAUCCACCACCUCCAAAACACCCAACACUGAGGAGGCAUCUCUCUUCAGAAAGCCAUUAGUUUUAAAGGAGGAACCCACUAUUGAGGACAAAACCCUUAUCAAGAAGUCAUUAUCUUUAAAAAAGUGCUCAAAUGAUGGGGAGGUGUCCCUACUGGAAAAGCUGCAGCCUCUGCAGGAGGAGAGUGACAGUGAUGAUGAGUUUGUUAUAGAGCCAAUGACUUUUAAGAAGACACAUAAAACUGAGGAGGCAGCCAUCACCAAGAAGACAUUAUCCUUAAAGAAGAAGAUGUGUGCAAGUCAGGGGAAGCAGUCCUGCCAGAAAGAGUCGUUGGCUGUGCAGGAUGUCAAUAUUGAAGAGGAUUCCUUCUUCAUGGAGUCAAUGAGUUUUAAGAAGAAGCCUAAAACUGAGGAGUCAAUCCCCACCCAUAAGCUAUCAUCUUUAAAGAAGAAAUGUACCAUUUAUGGGAAGAUAUGCCACUUUAAGAAGCCACCAGUAUUGCAGACAACCAUCUCUGGAGCAAUGUCCUCCAUUAAGAAGCCAUUGUCCUUUAAGAAGAAGCCUACCACUGAGAAGGAGACCCUUUUCCAAGAGCUAUCUGUAUUGCAAGAGAAGCGCACCACUGAGCAUGAGAUGUCCGUCUUGAAGAAAUCACUGGCCUUGCAGAAGACCAACUUUAAAGAGGAUUCCCUUGUUAAGGAGUCAUUAGCCUUUAAGAAUAAGCCUAGCACUGAGGAGGCAAUCAUGAUGCCACUAAUAUUAAAGGAGCAGUGCAUGACUGAGGGGAACAGGUCCCGCCUGAAGCCAUUAGUAAUGCAGGAGAUCACCUCUGGAGAGAAGUCGCUCAUUAUGAAGCCAUUGUCCAUUAAAGAAAAGCCAUCUACUGAGAAGGAGUCCUUUUCCCAGGAACCAUCUGCAUUGCAAGAGAAGCACACAACUCAGGAGGAGGUUUCCAUCUUAAAGGAGCCCUUGUCCUUGCUAAAGUCUCCAACUGAGGAGUCACUUUUUGAUGAGGCUUUGGCUUUUACAAAGAAGUGUACCAUUGAGGAGGCACCCCCCACCAAGAAGCCUUUAAAGAGGAAGCACGCCACUCAGGGGACAAUGUCCCACUUGAAGAAACCACUAGUAUUACAGACCACCUCUGGAGAAAAGUCACUUAUUAAGGAGCCACUGCCCUUUAAAGAAGAAAAAGUGUCUUUAAAGAAAAAGUGUACCACACAAGAGAUGGUGUCCAUCUGUCCAGAACUGUUGGACUUUCAGGAUAUGAUUGGUGAAGAUAAGAAUUCUUUCUUUAUGGCGCCAAUGUCAUUUAGGAAGAACCCUACAACUGAGGAGACAGUACUUACCAAGACAUCAUUGUCUUUACGGAAAAAGAAAAUUACUCAGGGGAAGAUGUCCCACUUAAAGAAGCCACUGGUCUUGCAGAAGACCACUUCCGAGGAGGAGUCAUUCUGUAAGAAGCUGUUGCCCUUUAAGAUGAAAUCUACAACUGAAGAAAAGUUCCUCUUCCAGGAACCAUCUGCAUUGAAAGAGAAGCAUACCACCUUGCAGGAAGUGUCCCUCUCAAAAGAGUCAUUGGCCAUCCAGGAGAAGGCUACCACUGAGGAGGAAUUUUCUCAGGAACUAUUUUCAUUGCAUGUUAAACAUACCAACAAAAGUGGGUCCCUCUUCCAGGAGGCUUUGGUCUUGAAAGAGAAGACUGAUACCGAAGAGGAUUCCUUGAAGAAGUUGUUGGCCUUGCAGGAGAAAAGCACCAUGGAAGAAGAGUCCCUUAUCAAGAAGCUAUUGGUUCUGAAGAGGGAGCUUUCUGCUGAGGCAGCCACAAACAUACAGAGACAAUUAUCUUUAAAGGAGCAGUCCACUGCUUGGGGAAAAGUGUUCCUCCUAAAGAAGCAGUUGGCUUUGAAUGAGACCAUCAAUGAAGAGCAGUUCCUUAAUAAGCAGCCACUGGCCUUGGAGGGGUAUCCCAGCGUUGAGGAGGGGGAGACCCUCUUCAAGAAGCUUUUGGCCAUGCAAGAGGAGCCCAGCAUUGAGAAGGAAGCUGUCUUCAAGGAGCCCACUAUUGACACAGAAGCUCACUUUAAGGAACCUUUGGCCUUGCAGGAGGAGUCCAGCACUGAGAAGGAGGCUGUCCUCAAGGAUCCCACUGUUGACACAGAAGCUCACUUUAAGGAAACUUUGGCCUUGCAGGAGAAGCCCAGCAUUGAGCAGGAGGCCCUCUUUAAGCAACACUCGGCUUUGUGGGAGAAUCCCAGCACUGAGAAGGAGACCAUCUUCAAGGAGUCUUUGGACUUGCAAGAGAAGCCCAGCAUUAAGAAAGAGACCCUCCUCAAAAAGCCAUUAGGCUUGAAGAUGUCUACCAUCAAUGAGGCAUUCCUCUUCAAAGAUAUGAUAGCUCUGAAUGAGAAACCCACCAAUGGGAAGGAGUUGUCCUUCAAGGAGCCAUUAGCCUUACAAGAGAGUCCCACCUACAAGGAAGACACCUUUCUCAAAACAUUCUUGGUCCCCCAAGUUGGAACCAGCCCAAAUGUGUCUAGCACUGCCCCUGAAUCCAUAACAGGCAAGUCCAGCAUUGCUACCAUGACCAGCGUGGGCAAAUCUGGUACCACCACCAAGUCCAGUGCAUGUGAAUCUGCUUCUGAUAAACCUUUCUCACCACAGGCCAAGGGAACAUCAAAGGAGCAGAUAACCCCACAGGAAGAUAUUGACGAGGACAGCAGUGAUCCAAGUUUCAACCCAAUGUAUGCCAAGGAAAUCUUCAGUUACAUGAAAGAAAGAGAGGAACAGUUUAUACUUACAAAUUACAUGAACAGGCAGAUUGAAAUCACCAGUGACAUGAGGGCCAUUCUUGUGGACUGGUUGGUGGAGGUUCAGGUGUCCUUUGAGAUGACCCAUGAGACCCUGUACUUGGCAGUGAAGCUGGUGGAUCUCUACCUAAUGAAGGCAGUAUGCAAGAAGGAUAAGUUACAACUCCUUGGUGCCACUGCCUUUAUGAUUGCAGCAAAAUUUGAGGAGCACAACCCACCUUGUGUGGAUGACUUUGUGUACAUCUGUGAUGAUAAUUACCAGCGAUAUGAGGUGCUCAACAUGGAAAUCGACAUCCUGAACGUCCUCAAAUUUGACAUUAACAUUCCCGUCGCCUAUCAUUUUCUGCGCAGAUAUGCUAGGUGUAUCCACACCAACAUGAAGACACUGACCUUGUCCCGCUACAUCUGCGAGAUGACCCUGCAGGAAUACAGCUAUGUCCAGGAGAAGGCUUCCAAGCUAGCUGCUGCCUCCUUACUCCUGGCCCUCUACAUGAAGAAGCUCGGAUACUGGGUUCCCUUCCUGGAGUAUUACAGUGGCUACAGUAUCUCUGAGCUUCACCCCUUGGUCAGACAGCUGAACAAACUGAUGACUUUCAGUUCUUACGAUAGUCUCAAGGCUGUAUAUUACAAGUAUUCUCACCCGGUCUUCUUUGAAGUCGCCAAAAUUCCCGCCUUGGAUAUGUUGAAGCUGGAGGAGAUUUUGAACUGUGAUUGUGAGGCUGAGGGCCUGGUACUUUAGUAGCAGCCACAGGGCUAAGCACGCAUGUUAACAGGGUAUAUUUAUUCUAUGUUUGAAUUUGUCUUUUGAUCGCUUUUAUUCA